AUGAAGGUCAUCGUCACCGGCGCCACCGGCCUCGUCGGCAAGGAGAUUGUGCGCCAGUGCCUCGCCGACCCGCGCAUCACCAAACUGGUCAUUCUGACUCGCCGCGCCGUGUCCAUGGACGUGGAGAGCCACCCGAAGACUGAUAUUGUCAUGCAUCAGGACUUUUCCAAGUACUCGGAGGAUCUGAUGAGGCGGUUGGCAGGUGCAUCGGCGUGUUUAUGGGCCAUCGGCGGAAGAGCCUACCAAGACGACAACGACAAGGAACUCCUCCACAAGGUCACGGUGGAAUUCCCCCUCGCCGCCGCCAAGGCCAUGAGCGACUCCAUCGCCGCCGCCGCGCCGCCCGGCUCCAAGUUCAGCUUCGUCUUCUGCAGCACCAAGAGCGCCGACCGCCACCCGUCCAAGACGCUGCUGUUCCUCAGCGACGCGCGCCGCCAGCGAGGCGAGGCCGAAAAGGGCCUCUGCGAAAUCGCCGACGCCAACCCGGACGCCUUUGCCACCUGGAUCCUGCGGCCCAGCGGCAUCGCCACCGGGGACGCCCCCAAGAAGCGUCGCCUCGUCGGCAGCCGCUCCAGCGCGGGUAUCGAGCCGCCGCAGCUCGCCAAGGCCGUCAUCAAGGUCGCCUGCGAGGGCUGGAAAGACCGCGUCGUCGACAAUGACGCCCUGCUCAAGAUGUAG